UGCUCUGCGUGACUGACUCUCAAGUCAACCAGACCAAGCGGACAAACUCAGCUGUCAACAACAGUCCGCAUGAUAACAUAAGGAUUAAAGACAAACCCGUGUUAGGAUGUCUAAUUUUGACGAACUUCUGCAACACGCUGGAGAUUUCGGCUUUUAUCAGAAGAGAAUCUCAGUUUUAGGUUCUUUGCCUAUUCUGCUGCUCGCCUUUGUGCUGAUAGGAGUUGUGUUUUUAGGUUACACGCCAGAUCAUUGGUGUAAAACUGCAGGUCUUCAAGAGAAAUGUGGUUUUUCAGAGGAGCAGGUGCGGAAUCUGACGGUUCCCCGCACAGGCGCGCACGGCGCGUUCAGCAAAUGCGUGAAGUUCGAUGACGCGCUUCGGAACGGGAGCGCGCUCAGCUGUAAUAUCUCCAUAUUCAACAACAGCACUCAUCUGUCCGCCUGUAAUGAAGGCUGGACGUUUAAUGAGAACCGGACCACCAUUGUUACUGAGUUUUCAUUGGUUUGCGAAGACUCCUGGCUUGCAGACCUGAACCAGGUAUCUUUAGCUGGAGGGUUCUUUAUAGGUGCCCUAGUGACUGGAUACCUGGCUGACAGGUUUGGAAGAAAAUCAUGUUUUAUUGCAUCAAUAUUUGGCCUUGGAGUCUCUGGGAUAUGCAUUAUUUUUUCUCCUUAUUACCCUCUGCUUCUGUUCUUUCGAUGUUUGCAAGGAUUUUUUGCCAAAGGAGCAUGGACCGCCACAUAUGUGUUAAUUAUCGAAUUCUUUGGAUCAAACAACCGGAAAUUUGUCUCAGUUAUGUCCCGUACUUUUUACUCGUUGGGUUUGGUUCUGCUUCCUGCUCUGGCGUAUUACAUUCCUUCAUGGAGAAACCUGCAGCUGGCCAUGACUCUGCCCACAUUCAUCUUCCUGAUCUACCACUGGAUUAUUCCAGAGUCUCCCAGAUGGUUGCUGUCACAAAGGAAGACAAAAGAAGCUCUAAAUAUUGUUAAGAGCAUUGCCAAGUGCAAUAAAAGAUCCCUUCCUGAAGACUUCGAAGAGAUGGAUCUUCUGAUAGAAAAGCAAGAGGAAAUUAUGCGCCCUUCAUAUAAAGAUUUAUUUAAGACUCCUAAAAUGAGGAAGCACACAUUUAUAUUGAUAUACGCAUGGUUUACAGGCGCUGUGGUUUUCCAGGGUUUGGUGUUGCGUUUAGGCAUCACUGGAGAUAACGUUUUCCUUGAUUUUCUCAUCUCUGCUGUGGUUGAGCUUCCAACGGGACUCAUAUUUUAUUUUUUAGUUGACCGAAUUGGCAGAAGGCCUCUCAUGGCGACAGUGAAUUUUAUCGGAGGUGCCGCAUGUUUGACUGUACCAUUUAUUUCACCAAAUAUUUCAUGGCUCAGAAGGACCAUUGCGAUAGUAGGAAGACUAGCUGUUGCCAUUGGGAAUGAGACUGUGAAUUUUGCCAACACUGAACUAUAUCCAACACCACUCAGAAACUUGGGCGUAUCUGUGUGCUCUUCAGCCAGCGAUAUCGGCGCAGUCGUUGCUCCGUUUAUUCUGUACAGAUUAGCUAGUAUUUGGCAAGAACUUCCCCUCUUUGUCUAUGGAGCCAUGUCAGUUCUGUACAGUGGACUAGUGAUGCUUCUACCAGAGAUGAAAGGUGUUGAUCUCCCAGAAACCGUGGAUGAUGUGGAAAACUUGAGAAGCAGGCACAAACACAAGGAAAAAGAGGGUGCUCAGUUUCCUGAAAUUAACAUUGUUCCAAUGAAAGCUGUCGAGAAAGCAUCCCAAACAUGAUUCAAUCAAAAUUAAUCCAUGUAACUACAAGAUCUGUGGUUAAUUACAUUUUCAGUACUCUAAUAAUAUCAUAAUAUACAGUUGAAGUCAGAAUUAUUAGCCCCCCUUAGAAUUUUUUCCUCUUUAUUUAAAUAUUUCCCAAAUGAUGUUUAACAGAGCCAGGAAAUUUUCACAGUAUGUCUGAUCAUAUUUUUUCUUCUGGAGAAAGUCUUAUUUGUUUUAUUUUGGCUAGAAUAAAAGCAGUUUUUAAUUUUUUAAACCCCAAUUUAAGGACAAAAUUAUUUUAGGCAUUUUUUUUUCUCGAUAGUCUACAGCAGUGGUUCUCAAAGUGGGGGUCGGGACCCCCUGAGGGGUUGCAGGACAAUGAAGAGGGGGUCGCCUGGUGAUUUCCAAAAAUCUAUUUAUUUUUAUUAAACCAUAAGAAUUACCAUAUUUUAUCCAUAACCUACUGAGGAGGAAAAAAAUUGUCAUUUAUAGUUACUAUAGUAGCUUAUAGUUACUAGUACUAUUGCAUUGCGACCCCUGGGGUAAUUGCAUUAUAUUAAAGACACAGCAAUAGCAUCAGAUGCAGCAGAUUGAUUUUAUAACACCAGGUUAAACUUUCUGGCCCAUUUACAGCACUGACAUACAUUAAAAAAAUUAACAAAGAAUAGACUUGGGUUUAUUUGUGUGUGUGUGCGCCAUUGCAUGCAAGGUUUCUGUAUUUAUAAGCACUUCAGAGGAUAUUGGGGGUCGCGAGUCACUGGCAUUGUCAUUUUGGGGCUAGCGGGCUGAAAAGUGUGUGAACCCCUGGUCUACAGAACAAACCAACGAUAUACAAUAACUUGGCUAUAUACCAUAACCUGCCCAGUUAACCGAAUUAACCUAGUUAAGCCUUUAAUGAGUUAUUAAAACUAAUAUGUUUAGAAAUGUGCUGGAAAAAAAAAAUCUGCUCUCUGUAAUUUACUAUGAUCUUUUAUGUGAAGCUGCUUUGACACAAUCUACAUUGUAAAAGCGCUAUACAAAUAAAGGUGAAUUGAAUUGAAUUACACAGAAAACGGGGAAAACAUAAAUGGGCUAAUAAUUCAGGGGGGCUAAUAAUUCUGACUUCAACUGUAUGUAGAUUGCAUACAGAAAAGGUUUCAGAUGCUUUUAGAUUCAUUAAAAGGACUGAUUCUUUUGUUUCUAAUGUUUUAGUUGCUGUUCAUUAUAUUUAUAUAUUGUUCUGGUUGUGUUUUUUGAAGCUGUGUUUACAUUCAUGCACAUAAUUCACAUCCAGCCAUCCAUGAAACUCACUCUUAAUGAAGAGACGCACAAUAGAUUAUGUUAAUUAGCAUCUGACGUUGACCUAUAAAUACUCUUUCAUUAUGUUGUUCAUGUCUGAACAAAAGGUAAACUCGAUGCUUUCCUUUUCACGUUCAGCAACGCCCAAUCUACUUUUUCUAGUUCAGCAAGUUUUUUUUUAAAUACAAUUUACUGAGUCAGUUUACAAUCAAAUUGGCACCCAAAAUAAUGCAUUUGAAGCUUUUGUGGGAUUUUAGUGUGCCAGUAGCAUUGUUUCCAUAUAAAGAUGUAAAUUAAUUUUCUGCGCAAAACUGGAUUAUCACAUAAAAGACGUGUGAAUAAAGCUCAUUUCCAUCCAAUGAGUCAAAGAGAACAAAAUCGUCACUUCCUGAUUAUCUGGCGCCAAAUAUCAACAGUAAAAACAGACUUUUCUUCAUUUAAUAAAUGACUUGCGCCUCAUUAGACAGUAUCCAGAUAGCAUUUGAAGCCGUGAGACGCGGAGCACAGACACUCUUGAUUCUGGAGGAUGUUAAAAAUAUAAUAACACUAAUACUGAGAUGAUUAAGACAUUUUAGAAUGACCAAAACAACAUUUCAGAUGUUUUACAGUGUGCUCAGUCUGCUGAUCUGUCCAUUCACACACAGACUGUAAAAUAUAUGGACGUAGUAUCCGUGACGUCACCUAUAGUUUUCUGAAAAUUGCAAAAGAAUCUACAAGUGGGUGUGGCCAAUAGUCACCAUUUUGUUUGCGUGUCAUCGCACCAACCAAGGGCAAAGAGGCGGAGCAUGAGUGGAGCUACAGACACCUGCUGGCAUUUUGCUUAGACAGGCUUUUCUUUAGGAGAAACGCUUAAUACUUCAUUACCUGCGACUCGUUUGUGUUCUGACCACAUGUGCUUGGUUGUACACUAUGUCAAUAAAGUGUUUAGACUUCUAAAA